AUGAAUACAGCUGUGCGAUGGCGACCAGCUCGUAUGACUGCGACUAUGAUAAGCCGUAUUCGCCGGAAUCUCUUGAACCGGGAGACAAUGAUUUGGGCGCGAUCUAUACGCCAUCACCGGUACGGCAUUGCGCGAGUGCCACAGCUACAUCGAGAAACGCUGUAUCGCAAGCAGAUGGUGAAACAGAUGGCUCAUCGUCAAGUGUUAUUAUCGAUUUGGAUGAUGCCGGCUCGACAACCUCAAGCGUCAAAGCCUCCUCCCAUACCGAAGAGGAAACAGAAGGGAACGACAAGACGGAGGAAGAAGUGGAAGUUGAUGACGAUGGUUUCGGAGAAAUAAUCGCAAGUGCACUGAUCGAGCAGCUUGCAACUACCGCUGAAAGUGAGGUACGGCGUCGACCGUACGGCACUUCGGUUGGACAUGAUUGUGACGAACUGCGAAAUAUGUUAGCAGUUGCUGUUCGACAGGACAAGCAUGAGCGGGAACUGCGCAAGAAUCAGAUUGCUCAGUUUAUGAGCUUUCAGAAACGAUCUCUUCUGACUGGUGUCGGAGUGUUGGUUGUGGAACUGUGCGCGCAAACAACUUCAGCUGAGGCAUCACCUAAAGAAAGGGUUGUGCUGGACCGUUUUGGUCGCAGACUAAGGACGAAAGAGAAUCAGCCGAGGACAUGGCAGUAUCAUCCGGAAAUUGUUCGAACCAAUGGUAACAUUUUGUGGUCAGAACAGGCUGAGCUCGAAGCAAAUCGAAUUGAAGAGCUUGCUACAGGAGGUUAUAUUCCACCGGAACAUGAAAUUGAUGCCGAAUCUUACGAAGUUGAGGUUGAAAAGAUUCCAUUGCCCGGUGAAUUGAGUGGUGGCAUCCCUGCGCGAUUUGACAAGUAUGGCUUUUUGCGUCAACCGAAACUUUCACUGGAUACGACGACAUUUCCAAUCCGAUUACAAGACGGUGUGCUACUCAGUGAACUUCCUCCUCCGCCUGCUCAUCCCACUGCUCCUGAUGAAAUUCGAAAAGCUAUCCGUGCAAAAAUGGUGCGAUGUAAAAUAUGCAAGAACAGAUUCAUUGAAAAGAAUUUGUAUGAGCGACAUUUGCGGGAUAAACAUCACACCGAAUAUUUGGCGUAUUUAAUACAGCAAGAAGAGGAGAUUGCUGAGCAGAGACAGGCUGAGCUCGAAGCAAAUCGAAUUGAAGAGCUUGCUACAGGAGGUUAUAUUCCACCGGAACAUGAAAUUGAUGCCGAAUCUUACGAAGUUGAAGUUGAAAAGAUUCCAUUGCCGGGUGAAUUGAGUGGUGGCAUCCCUGCGCGUUUUGACAAGUAUGGCUUUUUGCGUCAACCGAAACGUUCUUACAAGAAAAAGGUUUCGCCGCAAUGUCCAUUUUGCGACAAACGAUUCCGGAACGAGGUUUCACUGAAGAAGCAUUUUGUGAAGAAGCAUCCUGAAGGCGUGGAAUUUGUUCAGUGCUUGCGAUGUUUCAAAGCAAUUAAAACAAAGGAAGAGUUCCAGCAGCAUGAAUGCGACCUGACAUUCAUCUGCUUCGAAUGUACUCCGCUGAGGAAUCUGUGCACUCAUCAAAGGCUACUCAAUCAUCGUGCCAAAUUUCAUCGUGGCGUUAACUCUGGCUUCAAAUGUAACAUGUGUGCACAGAAAUUUCUGACACCGCGGAAACUCCGAAAGCAUAAAAAAAUGGCACAUGUCUUUACGAAAACAUUUGGUUGUCAUUUUUGUGAUGAAUUAUUCACCAGCGAAUGCUCCAAAGUUGUUUUUUGCGAGAAAAUUGGCGAAGCACUGGGGACUGUUUCGCCGCAAUGUCCAUUUUGCGACAAACGAUUCCGGAAUGAGGUUUCACUGAAGAAGCAUUUUGUGAAGAAGCAUCCUGAAGGCGUGGAAUUUGUUCAGUGCUUGCGAUGUUUCAAAGCAAUUAAAACAAAAGAAGAGUUUCAGCAGCAUGAAUGCGACCUGGUAAAUUUUAUUAGUUUCUGUAGAAAAUUAGAGAAAACGCCUAGCCAAAUGGUACUUCACGUACGUAGUAGAGUGGCGGAGGUAAAAUGAAG